AGCUUGCAGCGGCCAAAACCCGAAGCUUAAACCGCAGGACUCCUCCCAUUAUUGUUAUCCCGGGUAUUAAUGAUCACCCCAUUACCACGCUGCCUUAAAAAGCGGCUGGUCGCUCGAUCCGACGGAAAGUCGAGGAGCUGUCUGCAGAGCGCGUGGUGCUGAAGGACCACCCGCCGCGAUGUUGUGGGUCCUCUUCGUCUUCCUGUCGUACCAGGACAGGAACGUGGUCAAGGGAAAACUCCUGAACGACGCCCACGGCGCGGAGAACGAGAGCAAAGACGCCUGGUUCACGGUGAACCGCACUCUUUGUGCAAAAAUGUCGAUGCUGGCCGGUGGGAUGGAGGCUUUGUACCAAGUUUCAGACGGGCGUCGGUCGGUGCGCUCCGUCGUGGACACACGCGGGGACCUCGUGGACUGUUCCAUUAUCGUGGACAGGUUGCAGGUGAGGUCGUUCCUGCACCUGUGCAGACUGGGACUGACGCAACAGGACUUCCACAGUGAACGCUUGAGCGCACAAAAUAACCGUUUUGUGCGCAUGGAAGAAGCUUUGGCCACUUGCCGACAGUUUACGCAGAGGUCCGAGCCCCGCGUGGAGCCGAGGCCGCACAAGGCGCCAACACAGCCGUGGCCGAGUGGGGACGAGCGAAAGAAGAGAUCGAAGAGAGGCUUCACGUACCCGGGCACGCUGUGGUGUGGAGCCGGCAACAUGGCCGAUCACGAUGACCAUUUGGGGGAUUUCCCCGAGACCGACAGCUGUUGCCGCACACACGACCACUGCCCUCACGUCAUCCACGCCUUCUCCUCCAAGUACGGCUACACGAACUUGAAGUGGUACUCAAUUUGUCACUGCGACUGUGAUAUUGCGAUGAAGCAAUGUCUGGCCGAGGUCAACGACACCGUGUCCCGGGUGGUGGGCCAGGCCUUCUUCAAUGUCAUCGGGGCGCCCUGCUUUGAGUUUGUUUACAAGGACCACUGUGUGGAACGCCACUGGUACGGUGUAUGCAAACGGUACGAGAGGCUCCCGGUCGCCGUGCCUCAGCCGGCCGUCCCGUAUAUCUUCGGCGGGAUCCCGGUCAUCGACGUUCUGACCGCGCCUCCUCCCCCUGCGAAGACGGACACCGCUAGAGUCAACGAGCAGGCGACGAGGCUGGAGGGUGGCACCACGUCGGAACCCCCGUCAUUGGUUACCAUGGUGACGGCGGCCGAGGACUUCAUCAAGGUUCUGGCCACCGUGUCCACGUCUCAGGGCACCCCCUCCGACGCCACCAAAGGGCUGGCGCACAGCACGGAGGAGAAGAAGACGAAGAAGGAGAAGACGAAGAAGGGGAAGAAGACGAAGAAGAAGGAGAAGAAUAACCAGAAGAAUAGUGGGAAGAGGAAGAAGCCACAGAACCAGGGUAAAAAUAAAGGGAAGGGGAGAGGGAGGAAGGUGAAGUCACACAAGGACACUGGAGUGGAAGACGUUCUCGUAGCUUCCAGUAGCAAGGCGGGUGUUGGCGACCACUUCCUCAUUGAACUCAAGGCGGGCCGCUCGGGGCACGGUGACAAGAACACAUUUGUUGAGGGGGGAUUCGAUCUGGCCGGGCACAGGGGGGCGUCCAAUGAGGUGAUGAAAGACGAGCCGGCGUUGGAGAAAGAUGCCGCCGAGGUGACCUUGCCGUCGUCACCCAAAGAACGGGUGACCCGACCGUCUGAACUGGCCACGGUGAGCACAGGUUCAGCUCGUCUAGCAGCGUCCGCCAACACCACCGCUGCAACACUGCGCAAGACUAAAGCCUUGAGGUCAAGGAAGCGGGAGAGGAGGAGGAAGAAAACUCCCCAAAGUGAGAGUUAUUGUCCUCCAGAUAAUGCACUAAAUAUGACUCUAAAGGAGGACUCUCCUCUGAGCUCCACCGCCCGUUUAGCGGACACAUCGGGCCCUUGCAUUGUUGGCGUGAACCCACUCACCCAGACAGGACUACAAAGGCCUAAAGGCCGCUCUGAAUCAGGGUCUUUCUUGACCACUUCCAGAACCCAUGUCAUAAUGACCGAGGAGGAAAUGGUGGGGAGAAGAUGGAGAAGGAGAAGGAAACUGGCCUCUGCUGUCCCCAUUGUUUCAGUCGACCAUAAAGUUUGCAAAGAGGAAAGUGGGACAGAGAUGGACAGCAUUGGCGCACACACAAUCAUCACCGACAUACCUCAGACAAAAAGGCAAGAGCUGGAAGUUUCACACAGGCCGGAGAUGUAUGGCACAAAAUCCACUGCCUGCGUAACCCCAGCUCUUAGUCGAGGCGUUGUUAAGGCAAAAGGUCAAAGGUUAAAGGGCAUGGGUCGACAAAGGCGGAGGGGGACGGCGGUGCUGUCUCCAUUCAAAGGAAACCCACUUCUGGAGCAACCAUUGGAACCCGUGGUUUCUACCAGUAUGAGUGUUUUAUCGGGUACCACUACAGUAGUUACCAGGCCGUGCCAACAAGGGCAGCAUUCGUGUGGAAGAGGACCUCAGCAUGUGAAGACCGGCAUCUCGUUGCUCGUCACUGCCGCAACACAAAGACCGACAGGAAGAAAAGGGGACAAAACAAGGAAGAAGACAUUGCUCUGCGUUCUCUGUGGUAGAGGUGCCAGUCACACAACCAGCGAAGCUACACACGAACCAGGGACAUCGACCGGAAUCCACGUCUCAACAGUGGCUCCGAAUGCCGAUGAGCAGGAAGAGAGCCUUCAGAUAUCUAAGGACCGUUUGUUUGCCACCACAGGAGCACCGGUUAUGAGUGCUAUGCAGCUGUCUAUUCAAAGAGCUCAGAGGCAGUUUGACUUCAAGAAGAGAAGAAAAGAGUUGCUCUUCUUGCGGCAACAAUAAGCCAUCUUGCAGAGGCACACGAGUGACAGGUGAAUAGAUGUCUUAGCUAGCCCACGUAGUCCGCGACUAUGGAACUGAUUGCCUUCACAUUGAAUGAAAUGCAACAUAAUCAUGUUAAGAAUAAAUCUUCUCUUGUUCAACAUUUGAGCCACUAUCGACCGGGAAUCAUGCCUUUUUGAUUUUUAACUCAUUUUGUAAAACAGUUUUCAUGUUGAUAAAAAAAAAAACGAUAACAAAGUGUUGAAUCUUUCAUGCCAUGGAACAUUACAAAAAAUAUAUAUAUCUUUAAUUGCAAACGGAAAAUCCUUUCAGUUGCAUGCACCCUAAUAAGCUGCAUGUAAUGAGGAGUGAUUUGAAACAUACCUAAACAGAACCUAUUGGCCAGCUUAAGAACCGAGCCUGCUUAGCCUUCCAAAUGAACCACCUUUCUGUCCCACUGUAUCCAGAGCAGCGGAAGGGAGC